GACAAAAGCUACUACAUCUCAGCUAGCAUGCUGCCAGCGCGCCGCGGAAAGGAGCAUGAUAGGUGUACGUAAGACUGACCGGCUACGAAACACCCUAAUUAGGAAUAGGACGAAAGUCCAAGACAUUGCCACAAAAAUUAAAUGACUCAAAUGGAAGUGGGCUGGCCACAUCAUCCGAGGCACAGCCAAAUGGAGCAAGCGAGUCACCUAAUGGUACCCAAGAGAGGGAAAAAGAAAGGCGAAGAAACCUCUAAUGAGAUGGGACGGUGACAUCGCGCAGGUAGCUGGCCGUACCUGGAGCAGAGUGGCAAUAGAUCGGAGAGAGUGGAGAAGGUUGGAGGAGGCCUUUGCCGAAGGGCAAGCAGACAAAGAAUACUAAAUAUGGGAGAUAAUAGAGAGACAAUGUGCAACUGUUCUUUGUUCUGUAAAUAAAGGCUAUUUUAUUUUAUUUAUUUAUUUUAUAUUAUUAUGUUGUGUUGCAGCGCCUGCUCUGGUGUCGGGUCGGCGCCGCUCGUGCUCGGUCAGGCUGGAGCGCCUGCUGGUGGACGCGGAGCGGCGCACCUGCCGGGUCGGGCGCCGCACAUAUAAGCUGCACACCACCGAGCCCGCACCCACACACAAUGUCACCACCACCAUCUAUCAAUGUCACCAUUGCGGCAAAAGAUUCAGGAACAAGUCGGUUCUGGAGAAACACAUACGCACUCACUUGUCGUUAGGACAAUCGCGUAAUUCAACCCGAGAGGACAUUGCUUUGGAUCGUCAACAAAUGUCACUAAGGAAUAGAAAACCUAGUGACAAAGCCUUUAAUUGUGAUUACAAGUCCAAUCAAAAAUUACACUCAGGGAAUCACAAGAAGACACACACUGGUGACAAGCCAUUUAAAUGUAACUACUGUGACUACAAGUGCAUUUCGAAAUAUAAGUUACAGAAUCAUAUCAUGACUCACACUGGCGAAAAGCCAUUUAAAUGUAGCUACUGCGAUUACCGGUGCAAUGCAAAACGUAAUUUGCUGAGGCACUUAUUAACCCAUACUGAUAAAAAACCUUUUAAUUGUAAUCACUGUGACUACAAGUGCAUUAGGAAAAAUAUGUUACAGUAUCAUAUGAUGACUCACACUGGUGUAAAGCCAUUUAAAUGUAACUACUGUGACUACAAGUGCAUUUCGAAAUAUAAGUUACAGAAUCAUAUCAUGACUCACACUGGCGAAAAGCCAUUUAAAUGUAGCUACUGCGAUUACCGGUGCAGUGUAAAAGGUAAUUUGCAGACGCACCUAUUAACUCAUACUGAUGAAAAACGUUUUAAUUGUAAUUACUGUGACUACAAGUGCAUUUCGAAAUAUAUAUUACAGAAUCAUAUCAUGACUCACACUGGCGAAAAGCCAUUUAAAUGUAGCUACUGUGAACACCGAUGCAUUUUAAAACGUAAUUUGCAGACGCACCUAUUAACUCAUACUGAUGAAAAACCUUUUAAUUGUAACUACUGUGACUACAAGUGCAAUACGAGAUAUAUGUUACAGACUCAUAUGAUGACUCACACUGGUGAAAAGCCAUUUAAAUGUAAAUACUGUGACUUUAAGUGCAUUAAGAAAAAUUUGUUACAGAAUCAUAUGAUGACUCACACUGGUGAAAAGCCAUUUAAAUGUAACUACUGCGAUUACCGGUGCAAUUUAAAAGGUAAUUUGCAGAGGCACCUAUUAACUCAUACUGAUGAAAAACCUUUUAAUUGUAAGCACUGUGACUACAAGUGCAUUUCGAAAUAUAUGUUACAGUAUCAUAUGAUUACUCACACUGGCGAAAAGCCAUUUAAAUGUAACUACUGUGACUACAAGUGCAUUACGAAAAAUAAGUUACAGAAUCAUAUGAUGACUCACACUGGCGAAAAGCCAUUUAAAUGUAGCUACUGCGAUUACCGCUGCAAUUUUAAAAGUAAUUUGCAGAAGCACCUAUUAACUCAUACUGAUGAAAAGCGGCGCCUGCUCCGUGCCAGCUAAUGAAUAUUGUAUAAAAUCCAUUUUAAAAUAAAAAGAUGAAUACACGUUUUAAUUUGUU